UGGCCGUUGGAUCCUGGCGACGGUCCAGAUGCGGUCCGGAGCGUUGAAAAUGAGAGAGGCAGGGGGUAGACGGAGAGAAAGAAAAAGAAAACGAGCUCUCGUCUCUCCUCUCUUUAGGGCGCAUAGAACACGACUGGCCCUCGCUUCGCUCCGCGAGAUUCAUCUGAUGGAAGAAUCGCGCAAUCCAGAGCUAUAGCAAUGACGGAGCCUCAUCUCCACACCUCGCGCUCCAAGGAUCUCGCAAGAACACACAGGAAUUUCCAACAAUCAUCCAAGAACCGCGCCAUGGCGCCGCAAGACUACGCAGUUCCCACUGUCGAUGAUCCAGGAUUUCCAUUCCCCUUCCCCCCUUACAGCUCCUAUCCACCCUGGUACUGGCCUCCCUAUCCCCCUGUCGAUUUCUUCCCUCCUCCAUCCCCUCGCUCCUCCUCCUCGGGCGGUGGCAUCAGCAGGACGUCCAUCCUCACUCCCGCGAUCGUGGCCAGCGUCGCGCUCCUCGGCAGCGCGAUCCUCCUCGUCAGCUACUACAAGGUCUUCGCAAAGUACUGCAGCGCGUGGCAGAUCUUCUGGGGUCUCAGCGGCCGGGGCGGCGGUGGCAAUCGCCGCGGUCGCGGCGAGAAUCUCCAUGGGGCGUCGUCGAGCGCCGGGGAUGUAGAACAGGGCUGGCUGCUGGCCAUGAACACCGGCCUGGACGAAUCCAUCGUCAAGAAGAUCCCGGUCUACGUCUAUCGCGUCGGCGGCGAGGGCGUGGUGGGCAGCAGCGAGUGCGUGGUGUGCCUGGGCGAAUUCGAGGAGGACGACGAGCUACGCAUCCUCCCAAAGUGCUUGCACGCCUUCCAUCUCUCGUGCAUCGACGUCUGGCUGCGAUCGCACUCCAAUUGCCCGCUGUGCCGCGCGCCAGUGGUGGCACCGCCGGAUCAACACCCGAUCGCGCCACUGCUGCUCACUCCACCGAUCCAGACGAUGGGCGAUCCAGAAGGAGGUGGUGAUGAUCAAGAGCGCCAACUUCAUCCACCGGAGCUGGAGGAGCCGCAUUGCGAUGAUCGAGGGGACGAAGAGCUCAUGAGGAAGCAGCGGCUGCCGAGAUCGCUGAGCUUGCAGCUGGACCACCGGCGGCGAAAGGCGGCUACCAAGAGCCGAGCCAUCCCUCCGGUUCUUCGCAGGUCCCACUCCACAGGAUCCAAUCCCGUCAGCUACCACGACAUGAUGCUCGUCCUCGCGCAGCCACCACUGUCAUCGCCGCUACCGCCACCGCCGCCACCCUGCCACCGCGACUCGGGCUUCCUCCUCGCGCCCAACAAUUCCGCCGAGCUCUCCACGAUCCUGUGCAACCUCCGCGAGGACCAGCGCGAUCACGAGUUCGUGGUGCUCGAUUUUGAGGUGGUGGAGGAGCCAUGCUCGUCGUCCGGGAAGAUCGAAACCGGCGUCUCGAGCUACGCCGCCUCUUCUUCUUCGUCAGCUUCGUCCAGCGAUCGCAGCGGCAGUAGCGUUAGCAGCAGCCGACCGCUGCUGUGGGUUCGAAAGUCUGGAUCUUUCAAGGCGUCGCUCAAGAGGUCCUUGUCAGCCGGGCGGGUUUUCUCGUUUCGCAACUUUGGGAGGAGUAGAUCCCAGUCCCAGCCUUGAAACAGAGCCUCGCUCCCCAUACUUUACUCGAACACACAGUGGACGAGCGAGCGUUCUUCUCCAACCUUCGAGUCCAAGGAUUAGUGAGCUUCUAAAAAAGCUGGUAUUCUAUACGAUCGAAGUCACCUCACGGAAUUUUUCCCAUCUAAAGGCCCCGCCUUUGGGAAGACGCCGCCUAGCUACCAGUCUUCGAAAACUUUGACAAGGAGAGCUAGCACUAAACAAAGAGAACAAAGAAAAGAAGAGAUUAGUGACAAAGAUGAAGGUUCUAUUGGUGAAA